UCGAGCCCGAUGGAUCAGAUGGGGAAGAUGAGGCCUCAGCCCUACGGAGGAAACAACCCCUACACACAGCAACAGGGACCUCAGGCGGGGCCGCAGCAAGGACACGGCUACCCGGGACAGCCCUACGGGCCACAGACUCCCCAGAGAUACCCCAUGGGAAUGCAAAGCAGGACGCAAAGUACAAUGGGCAGCAUCUCUUAUGCACAGCAGAUUCCUCCUUACGGACAGCAGGGUCCCAGUGCUUACGGGCAGCAAAGCCAGACUCCGUAUUACAACCAGCAGAGCCCUCAUCCCCAGCAGCAGCAGCCUCCGUACUCCCAGCAGCCUCCAUCCCAGACCCCUCACUCUCAGCCUUCGUAUCAGCAGCAGCAACAGCCCCAGUCUCAACCUCCGCAGCUUCAGACAUCGCAGCCUCCCUACUCGCAGCAGCAGUCGCAGUCGCCCUACCAGCAGCAGCAGCAGGCCCAGCAGACGGCAUCCUCGGCCCUCUCGCAGCAGUCGUCGUCAUACCCUCCGUCGCAGCCGCAGCAGCAGCAGUCUGCCUACUCCCAGCAGCGCUUCCCCCCUCCUCAGGAGUUAUCUCAAGACUCGUUCGGGUCCCAGGCAUCAUCUGCUCCCUCAAUGGCUUCCAGUAAAGGGCAAGAAGACAUGAACUUGAAUCUUCAGUCCAGACCUUCGAGCCUGCCGGACCUGUCUGGUUCAAUAGAUGAUCUACCCCUGGGUACAGAAGGAGCCCUGAGUCCUGGAGUAAGCACAUCAGGGAUUUCCAGCAGUCAAGGAGAGCAGAGUAACCCAGCUCAGUCUCCUUUCUCUCCACAUACCUCUCCUCACCUGCCAGGCAUCAGAGGACCCUCCCCAUCCCCAGUUGGAUCUCCAGCUAGCGUUGCUCAGUCCCGCUCUGGUCCACUUUCACCUGCCGCGGUACCAGGCAAUCAGAUGCCACCCCGACCGCCCAGCGGCCAGUCGGACAGUAUCAUGCAUCCUUCCAUGAACCAGUCAAGCAUAGCGCAAGAUCGAGGUUACAUGCAGAGGAACCCUCAGAUGCCCCAGUACAGCUCACCCCAGCCCGGCUCAGCCUUAUCUCCCCGUCAGUCUUCUGGAGGACAGAUGCACGCUGGAAUGGGGCCCUACCAGCAGAACUCCAUGGGGAGCUACGGACCCCAGGGUGGCCAGUACGGACCUCAAGGAGGUUAUCCCAGGCAGCCAAACUACAACGCCAUGUCCAAUGCCAACUACCCCAGUCCGGGAAUGGGAGGGAGCAUGAACCCCAUGGCAGCGGGGAGCCAGAUGCACGGCCAGAGCGGCGUGCCGCCGUACAGCGGGCUUCCUCCGGGCAGGAUGAGCCACGCCGCCAUGGGCAACAGACCUUACGGACCUAACAUGGCAAAUAUGCCACCUCAGGUGGGGACAGGGAUGUGCCCUCCGCCGGGCGGCAUGAACCGCAAAGCACAAGAAGCGGCCGCUGCCGCCAUGCACGCUGCUGCCAACUCCAUCCAGAACAGGCCUCCUGGUUAUCCCAACAUGAACCAGGGGGGAAUGAUGGGCACUGGACCUCCUUACGGACAGGGCAUCAACAGCAUGGCCGGCAUGAUAAACCCCCAGGGCCCGCCCUACCCCAUGGCUGGGAACAUGGCCAACAACUCUGCAGGGAUGGCAGCGAGCCCUGAAAUGAUGGGUCUUGGGGACGUCAAGCUAACACCUGCGACUAAACUGAACAAUAAGGCAGAUGGGACGCCGAAAGCAGAAUCCAAGUCAAAGAAGUCCAGUUCCUCUACUACAACCAAUGAGAAGAUCACCAAACUCUAUGAGCUGGGUGGUGAGCCUGAGAGAAAGAUCUGGGUAGAUCGUUACCUGGCCUUUACCGAAGAGAAGGCCAUGGGCAUGACAAAUCUCCCAGCGGUAGGCAGGAAACCCUUGGACCUUUACCGGCUCUACGUCUCAGUGAAGGAGAUUGGAGGAUUGACUCAGGUCAACAAAAACAAGAAGUGGCGCGAGUUAGCCACAAAUCUCAAUGUGGGCACGUCCAGCAGCGCAGCUAGUUCUUUGAAGAAGCAGUACAUCCAGUGUCUCUAUGCCUUUGAGUGCAAGAUUGAGCGAGGUGAAGACCCCCCUCCAGAUAUCUUUGCAGCUGCCGAUUCAAAGAAGUCUCAGACUAAGAUACAGCCUCCAUCUCCAGCGGGUUCCGGCUCAAUGCAGGGUCCUCAGACACCUCAGUCCACCAGCAGCUCCAUGGCGGAAGGAGGAGAUUUGAAGCCACCAACUCCAGCAUCUACGCCACACAGUCAGAUGCCCCCUUUGCCAGGCAUCAGGACUAACUCAGUGGGCCUUCAGGAUGCCUUUGCAGAUGGAAGUGAUCCUACGUUUCAGAAACGGAACUCCAUGACUCCAAAUCCAGGGUACCAGCCCAGCAUGAAUACCUCCGACAUGAUGGGUCGCAUGUCUUACGAGCCAAAUAAAGAUCCUUACAGCAGUAUGAGGAAAGCUCCAGGAAGCGAUCCCUUCAUGUCCUCAGGGCAGGCCCCCAACAGUGGUAUGGGUGACCCUUACAAUCGUGCUGCAGGUCCAGGGAUGGGUAACAUGGCCAUGGGGCAGCGGCAACACUACUCCUACGGAGGUCCUUACGACAGAGUGAGGACGGAGCCCGGCAUGGGACCUGAGGGCAACUUAGCGACCGGAGCUCCGCAGCCAAACCUCAUGCCUUCCACCCCGGAGUCGGGGAUGUACUCUCCCAGCCGCUACCCGCAGCAGCAGCAGCAGCAGCAAAGACAUGAUUCCUAUGGCAAUCAAUUCUCCACUCAAGGCACAUCCUCGGGCAACCCCUUCCCUAGCCAACAAACUACCAUGUAUCAACAGCAACAGCAGAAUUACAAGCGACCGAUGGACGGCACCUACGGCCCGCCCGCGAAGCGACACGAAGGGGAGAUGUACAACGUCCCGUACAGCGCCGGGCAGGGGCAGACGCAGCAGCAGCUGCCUCCAGCGCAGACCCAGCAACCGAGCCAGCAGCAAACGGCGCAGCCGUCUCCGCAGCAGGACUUGUAUAACCAGUACGGGAGUACAUACCCUGCUGCUGACCGCCGAUCUGCCGGAGGGCCGCAGAACCAGUUCCCCUUCCAAUUUGGCAGAGACAGGGUCUCAGCUCCCCCUGGCUCCGGUGCUCAGCAAAAUAUGCCUCCUCAGAUGAUGGGGGGGCCCAUACAGUCCGCUCCUGAGUGCCCACAGCAAGGCGCCAUGUGGCAAGGGCGCAACGAGAUCGGGUACAGCUAUCCGAACCGGCAGAGUGCCGGCUCUGCCCCCCAGGGGCCUGCUUAUCACGGGCCCCCCCAGUCAAACUACCAGGCCCCCCCUAGCAUGCAGAAUCACAUUCCUCAGGUAUCCAACCCAGCACCUCUGCCCAGACCUCUGGAGAAUCGCACUUCUCCUAGUAAAUCUGCGUUCCUGCACUCGGGGAUGAAAAUGCAGAAGGCAGGACCACCAGUCCCUGCCUCGCAUAUAACACCAGCAGCUGUACAGCCUCCCAUGAUCCGGCGAGACAUCACCUUCCCUCCGGGAUCGGUAGAAGCUACGCAACCGGUGUUAAAGCAGAGGAGACGGCUGACAGCGAAAGAUAUUGGAACUCCUGAAGCCUGGAGAGUGAUGAUGUCUCUGAAGUCCGGGCUGCUAGCUGAAAGUACGUGGGCCUUAGAUACCAUAAACAUCCUGCUCUACGAUGACAACAGCAUAAUGACCUUCAACCUCAGCCAGCUGCCAGGCUUGCUGGAACUCUUGGUGGAGUAUUUCCGGCGCUGCCUGAUCGAGAUCUUUGGAAUCCUGAAGGAAUAUGAAGUGGGAGACCCAGGGCAAAGAACACUAUUAGAUCCCGAAAGGUUCUGCAAAUCUUCAGCUUCCUCUCACGAAGAAGGGGAGGAGGAGGAGGAGGAGGAUGAACCACGGAGCCCGAACUGCGAGGAGGAAGAGGAGGAUGAGGAAGAGGAGGAGGCUGCGUUUUCGAGCAAGGAUAAAGUACCUCUAGAGAGCAGCACGGCAAAACUAGUUAGUAAAUUUGACAAGCUUCCAAUCAAGGUCGUGCAGAAAAACGACCCGUUUGUGGUAGAUUAUUCAGACAAGUUGGGGCGAGUGCAGGAGUUCGAAAGCGGGCUGCUGCACUGGCGGAUCGGCGGAGGAGACACCACCGAGCACAUCCAGACCCACUUUGAGAGCAAGACGGAGCUACCUUUGACUCAUAAACGAGCUUCCUGCAACUCUGGCUUGAGGAAACGUUCGGCAGCCGAGAGCAAUCCGAGCACUAGGGAAGGAGAGACUCCUCCGUCCGACAGCUCCUCGGAGAAGAGGAUAACUGCCACCAUGGACGACAUGCUUUCGGCACGUCCGGGCUCCCUGGCAGGGGAGGAGGAAGAGGCCAAAGCUUUGGAAAUUGCGAAGGAAAGCAGCAAGUUUCCCUUUGGCAUUAGUCCAGCUCAGAGCCACAGAAAUAUCAAAAUUCUGGAGGAUGAACCUCACAGUAAAGACGAGACGCCCCUCUGCACCAUCCUAGACUGGCAGGACUCUCUGGCGAAGCGCUGCAUCUGCGUCUCUAACAUCAUCAGGAGUUUAUCGUUUGUGCCAGGCAAUGACUUUGAAAUGUCCAAACACCCCGGGCUGCUGCUGAUUCUAGGGAAACUGAUUCUUUUACACCACAAGCAUCCAGAACGCAAACAGGCGCCCCUGACCUACGAGAAAGAGGAGGAGCAGGACCAAGGGGUGAGCUGCAACAAGGUGGAGUGGUGGUGGGACUGCUUGGAGAUGCUGCGUGAGAACACACUGGUCACGUUGGCCAACAUUUCUGGCCAGCUGGACCUCUCCCCUUACCCGGAAAGCAUCUGUUUGCCUAUCCUGGAUGGACUCCUCCACUGGGCAGUAUGUCCGUCAGCAGAGGCCCAGGAUCCCUUCCCGACGCUGGGGCCCAACGCGGUCCUCUCCCCUCAGAGACUGGUUUUGGAAACGCUCAGCAAACUCAGCAU